UUCGCCAACGAGACCGACCAGCUGCCCGGGCCCUUCUCCAACGUCGCGCAGCUCCAGGCGAGCUUCGCGGCCAAGGGGCUCACCUCCGACGAGAUGGUCACGCUCUCCGGCGCGCACACCAUCGGCCGCGCCCGCUGCAUGUUCUUCUCCAGCCGCUUCUCUGAGAUGGACCCGGCAUAUGCCGCCAAGCUCAGGGCCGAGUGCAACGGCAACGGCAACACCAACGUGAACCAAGACGAUGUGACCUCCAACGUCCUGGACAAGCAGUACUACCAGAACGUGCUCGACAACAAAGUGUUGUUCACCUCGGACGCCGUGCUCAACUCGACGGUAACGAGAGCGCAGGUGACAGAAAACGCGGACAAGGCCGGAGAGUGGGAGAGGAAGUUCGAGAAAGCCAUGGAGAAAAUGGGGAAAAUCAAAGGCGACCAGCAAGGCCUGGAGAUCAGGAAGGUAUGCUGGAGAGUCAACAACGUUGGCCAGUACUAAUGCGUGGUGACUGGCUGGCUCCAUGGCGGAAUGGCCUGAUGGACGAGAUGUAACUUCGUCUAGCUACUGUCAUUGUUGGUUUUCUCGUACUAAAACUCGGUGUGUGUGUGUGUUAAUAAAGAUACAAGUAUGAAG